AUGAAUCGGUGAGGACUGUGCAUUCAAUUCCAACUUUAAAGACCACUCUACAAUAUUCACUUCAAUCUCCAACUCGUUGAUAUUGAAAAGUUCUUUUUUUUUAAUGGGGCUGUCCGGUCGCUGAUUUUGUAGCUUCUGAGGCGUUCUCAACACUGGUCGGUCGGCGCUAGCUGAUGGGUGGUCGUUUAUUAAGUAAAGCUUAAAAAUAGGGACUAAACAGCUACACGAUAGGUCAGGUAUAGUCCAUCCGCCGCGACUUGACAGUUUUCGUGUGUCUGCGUCUCUCUGUUCGCUCAUCGGCGAGGUAAGAUAAACAUGAAAACAUCAUUUCAAAAUAAGAGAGUCGCCGAGAGACGAAGAGGGUGCAGAGAAGUCUCGCCCUUUCAAAUCGAAAAACUGACUAUGGGAUAGCUAAAAUAUCCAAGGACCAUCUCUAUGGUACCCAUUAGCUAAUAACGACCAGAUUAGACGAUUGAGCUCAAAUCAGCUAUCCGGUGGCUACUUUUAUAUUUCUUCCGACCUAGGAAAACUUCUUUAGCUGUGUAAAUUUGUGUUCAAAAGGAAUAAUAAUUUCGGAGAAAAAGUUAUCAUAACGCCCUUUUUUUUACAAAUUAGCCUAAUCCGAAAGGCGCAGAACAAGUCAGCGCCUAAAAAAUUUCAAUUUUUUUCCCUCCUCGAACAUAUGUUUGUGGGAAAAGUUGAGAAUGAGCGAGUUGUCUCUCGUUUCUUUUCUUUUGCUUUCUUUUAAAUCAGUAGUAAGAAUUUUACUCGUUUCCUUGGUAACUGUUAAUUAAUUGCAGUCGAAGCUUCUUCGCGAGGAAGUUGACUCCAUAUUUUCGCUUUAUCGCCUGCUCAUCGAUAUUUUAUCAUUCGAAAACAGACUUCCAAAAAGCAACUUUCUGUUUUUUGUCAAUCUCCAAGAGUUCCGAGAACUGAAUGACUCAAAAUUCAAAAAAAAAAUCAGUAGCUUUAUAGUCUGUGUGCCAGGACUUGAAAUUUCACGGAACGACAUUCCGCUGUUCCGCUGCGUGUUUUCGCGAAGCUUCUUUCGAGUCUACACCACGCUUUCGAUUGAUUUUUAUUGCUGUGGGAGCAAAUGAGACACUAAGAAUAACUGACGAGAUAAACGCGAGGUCGGUGGCGGUACAUUGACGAACUCGCAAACAUCUCGCUUUUUUCUAGGCGCGAUCUCGCAUUUAUCUUGCAUUUCGGAAAUUUUCAAAAUGCAAGAGAAAUGCGAGCUCGCGCCUAGAAAAGUGCGAGCUCGCGCCCAGAAAAAUGCGAGACCGGCGCGAGAAAAAAUGCGAGAUGUUUGCGAGCUCAUCAAUGUACCGCCAGCGUUUCGCGUUUAUCUCGGCAGUUAUUCUUAGUGGAGUAGAGUACCUUGAUAAAAGAAAAAAAAAAAUUAAAAGCACGAUUAAGAUUCGAAAAGGCGCGCAGCGGCACAGCGGAAUGUCGUUCCGUGAAAUUUCAAUUCGCGGCACACAGACUAUAGUAGAUAUUAUUUUCCCACAGCCUGCCAAAUUCUCAGAAGAAAUCGGAAAACCAACCAAAAAACAGGCCUACUUUUCCUUAUGUAUUUUGACGUCGUAGGUUGGAGAAAAAUACGGUCCACCACAAGAUUCAGGUGUUUAGAGCAAACAAGUACAAUACUUUCUAUUUUCGCCGCCCCAGGCAUCGUUUACAUUUCGAUUUAUCAGUCAGGUCGACAAACUUUGACAUUUCGCUUCUUCUUUGAAUCACGAGCCCGUUCAAGCUUCUGUUUUCUCUUUUUAUUAUAAUAAUAAUUUAUUAAUUCAUUUUGGUGAAAUAAUUUAGGAAAUAUUUUUUUUGAAUUUAUCGCCAAUAUACUGAUACCGAUUAGUUCUCAUCCCAUACAUCAAAUAGAUCUUUUUAGGGCCCAUAAUAAGAAUAAUUUUACUUCAUGAUCCUAGAUUAUGUUUUAUUCAUCUUGGCUUUUCUCCAGACCUUUCUCAGAACCUCCACCGGACUUUUAUUCUUUGCGGAUCUGGUCAGUGACAUUUGCAGAUUAGAUGGGAUGGACAUUGUGAAGACAAUUAUCCACCCACAUCGAAAUGAAACCGCCGAGAAUGAGACGAUACCGUAUUCUGACAUUUGGAUCGCAAGUCAGUUACCUCCACUGAACUUUCAAUAUCGUGAAAAUUCACAAAGUAUUACAGACAUGGAUCCUUUGUAUGCAAUAUUUCUGUCCAUGUCCUGUAUGUUCGUGACGGUAGUCUUCGCCUUGGCAUGUGUCCAUCUUUACUUUGUCCUCAAAUACGUUUCCAACGAGCGCAUCCAAACUGAUCUCUACUACUUGGUUUUCAUGUACCCGGUGAGUUUCUUCAGUUUUUCUUUCCAACCCUUCAUUUCUACAUGGACUCUUUUCUUCAGAUCACAACUUUUUGCGGCCUCGUCGGCAUGUUCAUCCCACGCGCCGCUACAUUCCUCUACGCCGUUGCUUUAGUGUGAGAAAAAUUACCGUUUCCUAGCAACUUUUGAUCUCCUACAGUUACUUCAUGUUCUGCUUGUUUAUAAUGGUCACACUUCUAUUCAACAUCUUUGGGAGCAGGAAAGAUAUGAGCGCAUUUUUAUUGGAGCGGUGAGCGAGUGAGGCAAGGUUUUCGAGCAAAAUUGUCAUUUCAGGGGCAUAAAGAUCAGCUUCCAAGUGCCGCCCCUCUGCUGCUUCAAGUUUUUACCGAAGAUUAGGAGCACGGAGUGAACUUUUGUUUAUACUUUGAGAAAUGCUUUCGACCCCGAUUCGAAAAAGAAGGUCCCUUUUCUGAUGUUUUGUUUCCAGCGAAAAUUUGCGAAGAAUCGAGUGGCUUGUCUUCCAGACACCAAUCAUCCGCACGUGUCUCGAGCUGACAAACGUCGUCGUUUUCAUGGAAUUGGGUCACCGCCGAAAUUUGUGCGUUCAGAAAAAGACUGCUAAGAUCUGGCAGUUCUCCUUAAAGAACAUUGACUUUUGAACCCCAUUUCACAGGGUUUACCUACAACACCUGCACAUCAGCAUACUGUGCUUUUGAAGGCUGUAAUCAGUGUAGAGAAUAUCUAUAAUUGCGCUAAUAGCCCAAAAAAGUUCCCAAAUGGGCAAGGGAAGAAUUUGUCUGCGUCGAGAAAUGAAUUCAAAAACAAGCAGAAGUCUAACUCUUCCUCUUUCAGAUGGUUCGUUUUUUCUCAACUCGGUGGCCUCGUCUCCAUGCUUCUCGCCUUUUAUGGUUGCUACGUGAUGAUUCCACUUGGACGAGUGUGUUUUUUUUUUGUUUCGAUAUCAGAGAUUUUUUUUAAUUGAAAUUUCUGUCCAUUCAACGAGAAGCAAGAGUCCGCAAAACAGCAUAAAACUCUCCCUGACCUCAUAAUUUCUCAGGAAAAACACGCCCCCUACCGUUUCGACUUUCUAUUUCGGACAGUGGACAUUGCUCAGUGCAUCUAUACGAUCCAGAAGUUCUGCUUCGAUUUUGCUGCGACAUUUGAAAUCGUCCAACCAGAUCGGUUGUUCCCAGCAACGGCCAAGGCGCAAUGUCAGCCUUUUCGCAAGAAGAAAUCUGAAAACUCUGUUUAGGGUGGGCCUCGUUCAUGCUCACUUGGGAGAUGAUGGUACUCUCGGCACUGACGACCUACUGCCUGAGGCCGACCAAGACGCUUCUCUUCGACAAGUACCCCGUCGUCGACUCCACCACCCGACAUCGUCCAUUCGACUCCACUGGUCCGUCUUUCCCAAAAUACUCUCAAUAAUCGCCAUUUACAGGUAGUUCAGAAACAAUUUCGAGCACAGUUCAACCUAAAAGUUUUUCUGCGAGCAACGAAACUGGACAGUUCAACUCCAUUUGA